AUGACCCAAAUACUUGAUCCGGUUUUUGAGAUAACCGACGAACCGGAGAGUCUGGAGGAGCUGCUCAAGUCGGUCAAGCUGCUCUUGAAGUACUCCACGAAAGUAGGCCACCGGCGAAAGUUAAACAACCCCUCGACUAGCUUUGACGUGAUCUCAUUGGCCGGCGAGAUGAUGACGUCAACUACUAACACUAACAUGUUCACGUAUGAAAUAGCCCCUGUCUACACACUGAUAGAGGGCUUGGUGUUGGAUCAGAUGAGAACCAUGGUCGGCUGGCCUCCUUCGCAAGGGGAUGGCAUUUUCGCCCCGGGAGCGUCGAUGGCGAACAUGUAUGCGAUCUGUGUGGCGAGGCACAAGUUCAUACCUUCUUUCAAAAACCUUGGAAUGGUGGAGCAGAGGAAGGAUUUGAUUGUGUUUACAACAUCACAGUGCAAUCCUUCCACCCCGAGAUCAGCGGCUAUAAUCGGGGUCGGAUUGAAGAACGUCAUUUUUGUCGAUUGUAAUGAAAGAGGUCAAAUGUCAGUUACUGACCUUGAACGAAAGAUCGUUAGUUCACUGGCAGCCGGAAGUUUACCAUUCUUUGUAUCGGCCACUUCCGGUUCCGCCAUGCUGGGAUCUUUUGACUCGCUGACGGAAAUAGCUGACGUCUGCGAUAAAUACAAUCUUUGGCUACAUGUUGACGCCUCACAUGGAGGUGGCGUCAUGUUUUCAGCCAAUCAUAUUCAUUUGGUCAGAGGAAUAAGAAGAGCUCACUCGGUCACGUGGAAUUGCCACAUGAUGAUGAACUGCACUCUGCAAUGCUCCGCUAUUCUCAUCAGAGAAAAAGGCCUGUUAGAAGCGUGCAACAGCACCUGCGCCACCUACCUCUUCCAGCAGGACAAACACUACGAUGUGGCCUACGACACCGGCGACAAAGCCAUCCAGUGUGGACGCCACAAUGAUGUCUACAAGCUGUGGCUACUCUGGAGGUCAAAAGGUCACACGGGCAUGUCUGAUCACGUGGUUAGGCUAUUCAAGAUGGCUGCCGUUUUUCAGGAGAAGUUAAAAUCGACGCCGGGUGUUUGUAUGGUGCUGCCCGAGAUGGAGUUUGUAACGAUUUGUUUCUGGUACGUGCCGGAAAAAAUGUUGAAGAUGACGUUGAAAAUUCCGCUCAAUAUGCUGAAAUUUGAUUGGCUGGAAGGCAAUAAUAAUAAUAAUAACUAUAAAAAUAUUAAUAAUAAUGAUGAUAAUGAUAAUAAUAAUAAUGAUUGGCUGCCGACAUUUUACAAGGUCGUCAUCAACAAUUCCGCCACAACGUCACGUGAUAUCGAUUACGUCAUCAAUCAGAUGAAAAGACUCGCCGAUGAAGAAGUCAACACUCUGAUGAUGAUGAAAUGA